GCAGUUGCUGGCUGAGUGGCCGUGUGCAUAGCCACGACCACGACUGCGAGGCAUGGAGAUGGAGUUGCAGGAAGCCGACGUCCUGUGGCCGGACGCUGCCCACCACCGCCGCCACCAGCACCUCGCCGCAGACCCGCACCCAUCGCACGCCGCGGCCGUCCGCCGGCAGUCGCCUCCCGUGCGCAUCCCCGCGAUGCCGGCGGCGGAGGCGCGCCCGACGCGCAGCUACGACGACGAGGACGACGAUGGCAUGAUCGUGAGAAGACUAGCCUCAUCAGGCGCGGAGGCGGGGAUCGUGCCGCCGCACGUCCUGGCCGCGAGGCGGUGCCCGGACGAGCCGAGGGUGGCCUCGUCGGUGUGCGUGGGGCACGGGCGCACGCUCAAGGGCCGCGACCUCCGCGCCGUCCGCAACGCGGUGCUCCACAUGACCGGGUUCCUCAGCAGCUCCGACAAGUACUGAUUAGGCUACCGUAGCAGAUCGAUUGAGCAGCGCGGCGGCAAUAGAUCAUAAAGCAGCAUGUUGGAUUGUACACCUCAUCUCCAUUCUUGUUGCUAGAUGCGGUUGAGAUUGUAAGGUACAUCCAUAGUUCCGUAGAGCGAAAUCCCUCCUAGAUGCAUUGCACUGGGGACAUGCUAAAUUCGUACCUGCGGGCGUAAUUUAUCGUAGAAUUCUGCAAAAUUAUCGCAGAAUGGAAGUAUAUGUCGACUUCAU